AGGGACUGGAUAUACGGAGAGACGCUGUGUCGGGUGACCCCCUUCCUGCAGAGCACGUCGGUCGGGGUCAGCGUCCUGUCCAUGCUGUCCAUUACGAUCAACCGCUACUUCGCGAUCCACAUCCCGCUGCGCGCCAAGAUCCUCUUCUCCAGGACCCGCGUCCACGUGAUGCUGGCCGCCAUCUGGCUGCUCAGCUUCUGCGCGUUCAGCCCUCUCCUGUUCAUCAACACGCUGACCACCUACGGGGUGCCCGGCGUCUACACGGCGCGGGCGUGCCUGGAGGACUGGACCAAACUGAUGCCGAAGCACGUCUACAACCUGGUCAUAUUCGUCCUGCUGUUCUUGUUUCCGCUUACGGUGAUGUCCAUGCUGUACUUGAGGAUCUCCCUGGCGCUCUGGUCCAAGAACCGGGAGAUCUUCGACAACGUGCGGAAGCAGUCCUUCAUGUUCCCGCAAGUCGAUCGGCUGCUCGUGCAGAGGCGCAAGACCGUGCGCACGCUCGUUCUGCUGGUUGUGCUGUUCGCCUGCUCCUGGUUCCCUUACUACGUGGUCAACAUAUGGUUGGACUUCAACCUGCACAGCCCCCACGUGAGUGUGGUCAUCUCCUUCGUGUACCCGCUGACCCAGCUCGUGGGGUUGUCCAACUCGAGCAUCAAUCCCAUACUCUACUGUUUCCUCAGCAACGGUUUCAGGAGGGCCUUC